AUGACCUUUCCGCUCACGCAAAUUCCCAGGUCUUCCCUCACGCCUCUGCACCGCCCUCCCCUCACACCUCCGGUGCCGGCUGUCCGUCGUCCGACUCCCCGUCCCUUCAUCUCAGUACCGUUCCUUCCCGCCCUUUCCCCCACUCCCCCACGUAAGGGGAACCCCUAUUGCCCCCCGGACUAUAUUUCCCAUUUCCCGGGAGAAACUUUCCCCCCGUGUCUAAGUCCCUUUCUCCCCCUGUCAUCCUCCCUUUCCCCCCCUCCUACCCUCCCUUUCCCCCCCUCCUACCCUCCCUUUCCCCCCCUCCAACCCUCCCUUUCCCCCCCUCCUACCCUCCCGUUCCCCCACUCCUAUGCUCCCUUUCCCCCCCUGUCAUCCUCCCUUUCCCCCCCUGUCCUCCUCCCUUUCCCCCCCUCCUACCCUCCCUUUCCCCCCCUCCUACCCUCCCUUUCCCACACUCCACCUCGUCCGUCUCCGCACUCCCUCACGGCCUUUCCCCCACUUCCCCCAGUCCAAUCCCCCCUGUCGUCCUCCCUUCCCCCUGCGACCCCUGUCAUCCUCCCUUCCCCCUGCCACCCCUGUCAUCCUCCCUUCCCCCUGCUACCCCUCUCAUCCUCCCUUCCCCCUGCUACCCCUGUCAUCCUCCCUUCCCCCUGCCACCCAUGUCAUCCUCCCUUCCCCCUGCUACCCAUGUCAUCCUCCCUUCCCCCUGCUACCCAUGUCAUCCUCCCUUCCCCCUGCUACCCCUGUCAUCCUCCCUUCCCCCUGCUACCCCUGUCAUCCUCCCUUCCCCCUGCUACCCCUGUCAUCCUCCCUUCCCCCUGCCACCCCUGUCAUCCUCCCUUCCCCCUGCUACCCCUGUCAUCCUCCCUCCCCCCUGCUACCCCUAUCAUCCUCCCUUCCCCCUGCCACCCCUGUCGUCCUCCCUUCCCCCUGCCACCCCUGUCACCCUCCCUUCCCCCUGCUACCCCUGUCAUCCUCCCUUCCCCCUGCCACCCCUGUCCCGACACAGUGCUCAUGCGCACACCAGACCGCAGCGACGGAUGCACGGAGGAGCGCAGGAACGGCCGCGAUGGUGACGACGAGGGCGAUGGGGACGACGGUGCAGCGGAUAGUGCAGAAGGAGGUGCGACUGCAGGCGCAGCAGGUUAA